AUACAAUUAUCCUACAGCAGAUAUUUUGUAUUCGUCUUAGUUUUUUGAAGAUUUCACUUGUAACACGUGUGAUCUACACACAUGUGUUCUUUAUGUAGUCAAUGUUACAUUUAACCGUUUUUCUUAACCACUGAAAUUGGAUAGUAAAAAGUGCAUAUUCGACAUGUAAUGCUUUAUGAAUUAUUUAUGAUAACUGACGUUAUAUGAUAGUCUACUGUAAUUAGAAUAUAGUAAGAGUAUGAUCAGUAUCAUAAACAAAUUAUUUUUUAAAAUGAUGAUUAUUUUGACAAGCAUCAACGAUUAUAUCCGUGCUUAUUUAAUCCUAUUGUCUGUCAAUCACCAACGUAACGAAUGUUUACCUCUCUUAUUAAUAAACACUUUAAUGAGGAUGUGACAUACACAAUGAUGGAUGAUGAUGAAGCACUAUCUUUAAAGGCUCAUUCUUUGUCCUCGCAACAAUGUCGCGUGGAUCGUCUCUCGUAAAAAUGGUCUUUACACUCUUCAAGAUUCUUCAUAUGUUUAACUUGUUAUUAUACUGUAAAACAAGCGGUUGUCCGCAAAAUUGGAAUACUUGUACGGAUCCUGAUCUUUCUCAUACGUCUAAAAGUUCGAAUAUUCUUCUCAAAGAUAUCGAAAGUCGAUUGUCCAGUCUUGAAAGAAGAUUAAGGGCUGUUGAACAACCAGUUUGGCAAAUCGGUACAACGCACGAGGAUUGGGAAAUUUGUGCAGAAGGACCGUGUAAGUGUGUACCAGAAACUAAAUCUCUUUCCUGUUGGAGAUAUGGAUUACUUGACGUCCCACCUUCCCAAGUGGUUCCUAAUGAUAUUUUAAAAUUGGAUUUGGGAAGUAAUCAAAUGACGGCACUACACAGAGAUACUUUCUUGGAUAUGACUCAACUAAAUCAAUUAGAUUUGAGCGGUAACUACAUCGAGCAUCUACCACUGAACCUUUUUUUUUCCUUGCACAGUGCAAUACAUCUAAGAAUUAGCAAGAACUUGUUGAGGGAACUGCAUCAAAAUCAAUUUGUUAAAGUGCGGAAUCUGCGUAUUCUUGACGCAUCAUCGAACAGAUUGCAAACUUUACCAGAGAGUCUUUUCAUAGCUAAUAGUGUCUUAGUAUUGCUCGAUUUUUCCAACAAUCUUAUAUCGUAUUUACCAAAUGGCACUUUUCAUGGAUUAAAAACCUUGGAAGAACUUCUACUUUCACAUAAUCGUCUUACCACCCUUCAAAGUGGCGUUUUUCGUGAUUUAAUUAAUACAAAGUGUUUAAAACUCGACAAUAAUCGAUUGGGCAAAUUACCAGCUGACAUUUUUCAUCAACAAAUUUCAUUGGAGGAAUUAAAUUUGAGAGGAAAUUUAUUGACUGAAAUACCAAAUAAAUUGUUUUCCUCACUUGAACAAUUGCUAACGCUCGAACUAUCAGGCAAUCGACUGACUCAUAUUAAUCCUUUGGCAUUUGAUGGAUUAGUAUCACUGAAAGAACUUCAAUUAGGACAAAAUUCUAUCAAAACAUUGACACCAGGAUUAUUCGAUAGUGUCAUGUCUUUGGAAAGGUUGGUUCUAUACGCCAACAGUAUAGAAGUCCUAUCAAAAAACACGUUUCGUGGAUUAAACAAUCUAACUUCACUUUUUCUACAUUCCAAUCGUUUAAGACUAUUGCAUCCAGAAUUAUUCAAGGACACUCCGAAUCUAAGAAAAUUGUUACUUGAGGCUAAUUAUCUGUCCUAUUUACCAGCAAGAAUUCUCGAUGGUUUAGUAACUAUACGACAGCUUCGAUUAGAACGAAAUCCUUGGCAUUGUGACUGUUCAGCUGCUUAUCUGGCAACGUGGUUACAAAGGAGAUAUUUAAUCAUUACAAAUAGUACUAGUAUAGGGGAAAUGAAUAUCGGUGACAAUUCAAAAUCCUGGGAAUUUGGAGCUGGAGUGAUAUGUAGAGGUCCUGGUACUAUGGGAGGAAAAUUGUUAUUGCGAUUAACGUUUCAUGAACUUUGCGAGGGUCAAUGGGCUUCCAUGAAAGGUCUAGUACCAAGAUUACCAAAAGAUGUAUUAGGAACUCCCUUAUCAAGCAUAUUUGGCAAAGUUGCAGAAGUAUAAUCAUGCAAUACUUUUUAUCAUAUAAUAUUGGGUUGUGUGUCCCCGAAAAGUUCGUGCCAAUUUUUAAUAAAUAAAAUUAAAACAAG